GAAAUGUCCGUGUCGGCUACCGUACUGUAGUGACAACACGGCAGAGCACUUUGGUCGGACUCCGUCUGAAGCUGAGCUGCUAGCUUGGCAGAUAAGUAGCUCUCGAUUUUAUUGUAGAUGCGGACAGUCACGGUGUGAUACAAACAACUUCCAUAUUACACUUGAACAGCUGUAGAGGAAAAUGAGGCUGAAGGAGAUCCAGAGGACUGCCCACCAGGCGUGGAGUCCUGCUGAGCACCAUCCUAUCUACCUGGCCUUAGGAACAUCAGCACAACAGCUUGAUGCCUCUUUCAACACCACAGCUGCCAUAGAGAUAUUUGAGAUGGAUUUUUCUGACCCCUCUCUGGACAUGCAGCUCAAAGGAUCAUUACCCACUGCAAACAGGUUGCACAGUAUUGUAUGGGUAAAUUUUGGAAUGGGAGCAGACGGCACUGGAGGAAGACUGGUUGGUGGGAGCGAAAAUGGCACAUUGACUGUCUAUAACCCAGAGGCAAUAAUGAGUUCUGGCGCAGAGGCAAUAGUGGGACAGUCUGAGAAACACACAGGACCCGUCCGAGCACUCGAUUUCAACCCUUUUCAGAGUAAUCUCCUCGCAUCAGGAGCAAAUGAUUCAGAGAUAUAUAUCUGGGAUCUAAACAACUUUAGCAGUCCAAUGACGCCAGGAGCAAAGACACAGCCUGCAGAAGACGUCAGUGUCAUAUCCUGGAACAGGCAGGUUCAGCACAUCCUGGCCUCUGCCAACCCCAGCGGGAAAGCAGUUGUGUGGGACCUGAGAAAGAAUGAGCCCAUCAUCAAGAUCAGUGAUCACAGCAACAGGAUGCACUGUUCAGGAAUGCUCUGGCACCCUGAUGUGGCCACUCAGUUGGUGUUGGCUUCUGAAGAUGACCGACUCCCCGUCAUCCAGAUGUGGGACCUCCGUUUUGCCACAUCACCUCUUAAAGUCCUUGAGAACCACACAAGGGGAAUUCUGUCCAUAUCCUGGAGCCAGGCUGACUCUGAGCUCCUGCUGAGUAGUGCAAAAGACAACAGGAUCCUCUGCUGGAAUCCAAACACUGGAGAGGUCAUUUACGAGCUUCCAACAACAAACCAGUGGUGUUUUGAUGUUCAGUGGUGCCCCAGGAAUCCAGCCCUACUUUCGACAGCAUCAUUUGAUGGGAGAAUUACUGUUUACUCUGUGAUGGGAGGAAGUCUGAAAGCUCAGCAGCAAAGCACAGCUGAUAAGAUAUCCUCCUCAUUCGAUUCAAUGGAUCCCUUUGGGACAGGGCAGGUGCUCCCUCCUCUGCAAGUCCCUCAGCCUACAAUGCAAGACACCAUAGUUCCUCCUCUGAAGAAGCCACCUAAGUGGGUGCGCAGGCCAGUGGGAGCCUCCUUUGCUUUUGGUGGAAAGCUGAUAACUUUUGAGAAUCCCAAGCUGCCUCCAGUGCAGAGCCCCCAGUCUGUCCCCAGACAAGUGUUUGUGAGCCAGGUUACCACGGAGACCGAGUUCCUCCAGCGCUCCAGGGAGCUGCAGAUGGCGCUGCAGUCGGGUUCCUUCAACAACUACUGCCAGGCCAAGAUUCAGAAUGCCAAGUCAGACGCUGAGCAGGACAUAUGGAAAUUCCUUCUGGUUAAUUUUGAGGAUGAGGCCCGCAUUAAGUUCCUCAGACUUUUGGGCUUCAGCAAAGAUGAAUUGGAGAGAAAGAUUUCAAAAUGCCUGGGGAAGAAUUUCCAACCCAAUGGACAUGGAGUAGAUGCCAGAGAUCUGGCAGAAAAGAUGCAGCGGCUCAGUACUGAGAGGUCAAACGAAGCAGCUGCAGUGGCUGAUGCUAGAACUUCAGGUUCUGUUUCACCAGCAGACUUCUUCAGUCGGACGCCAAAGGAAAGCGCUAACUUCCAGAUCCCUGUAUCAUGUGAUACUGAUGGUUUGAUAAGCCAGGCGCUGCUGGUUGGCAACUUUGAGGGAGCUGUGGAUCUGUGUCUGAAUGAUGGUCGCUACGCUGAAGCCAUCCUGCUGUCAAUCAGUGGAGGAGAAGAACUGCUUAAAAAGACUCAGCAGAAAUAUUUAAGCACGCAUAAGAACAACAUUUCAAUGCUUAUAUCAUCAGUUGUGACUCAGAACUGGAGGGAUAUAGUGCAUAGUUGUGAGUUGGACAAUUGGAAGGAGGCUCUCGCUGCUCUGCUGACCUACGCUCACCCUGAAGAUUUUGCUCGUCUGUGCGAUACCCUGGGAGGCCGGUUGGAGUGUGAGGGCACAGAGAAGCGCUGCCUGCAAGCCUGCCUGUGUUACAUCUGCUCUGGAAAUAUUGAGAAGCUCGUGGAGUGCUGGGCCUUGCACAGAGACUGCUCUUCUCCUCUUGGUCUAGAGGAUCUGGUUGAGAAAGUAAUGAUGCUGAGAAAGUCAAUCGAACGCCUCCGCAACAGCGAGGUGGCAGUCCAGAGCCCCAUUCUGGCCGAGAAGCUAACCUGCUACGCCGGCAUACUGGCUGCAGAGGGCAGCUUGUCCACUGCCAUGAGCUACCUGCCUGAGAACUCAGACCAACCUGGGCUCAUGAUGCUGAGAGACAGACUAUUUCAUGCUCAGGGAGAGGCUGCUGCUGCUGCUGCCCAACAGCCUCCAAACUCCUUCAACAGAGUCAACGUGUCCACAGCAAAGCUCACUCCUGCCGCUCCCACUUCUGCACCAAAAGCACAAAUUAUGGGUCAGUACCAGCCUUCUGUUCCUUCCCAAGUCACUGGACAACAGCAGCCUCCUAUGCCAUCACUUUUUACCCCUCAAGCUGUUCCAGCCAACCCAGGGCCUGGUCUGCCUCCCUCUUCUCAUGUACUGCCGCCCAGUGCAACCCGCCCUGCCAUGAGACCUCCCUACCCCCAACAUCCUGCUACUGCUCCAGGUUUCCUUCCUCAUCAGCCAUUCCAGCCUCAGCCUAUGUCCACUGGCGGACCCUUAUCCUUCCCUCCUCCAGGUCCUUCUAUGCCAGCUGCUAACUUAUCAGGACCUCAGCUACCGCCUUCGUCGUCGACCACCGGAGGCCUGCCCCCCAUGCCCAGCCCUGGGGUGCCACCGACAGGCUUCAUGCCGUCUACCUCUUUGCCUUCAGGCCUCAUGCCACCCAGCUCUCAGCCUGGAGCCCCGGUUCCCAUGUACCCAGGGGGCCUCCACAGCCAGGGGCCCGCACCCCCCAUGGCAUCUGGUCCCUAUGUUCCUCUGGGAUCGGGGUAUCCUCAAGGAGGCCCUGGAGCUCCUGCAGCAAAGCCCUUGCCUGCUCCUGUAGUCGCUCCUCCUCCUACAGGAUACUUUCCAUGGCUGAAUUCCCAGACUGACAAUGAAGGACCUCAAGAGGGCUGGAAUGACCCACCAGCAGUAAGAGGUGGACCCAGAAAGAAGAAGGUCCCUGAUAACUACACUCCACCAGCACCCAUCACAGCCCCUGUGAUGGGAUUCCCAGUGGAGGCUCAUCAGUCUCACGAUCACACCCAAGUUCCUCCCGGAGCCCCUCAGGAGCCCAGCGUACAGCUUCUCCAGCAGCUGCCAGCGGAGAGGGUGGAGCAGAAAGAAAUCCCCGCUGAACACAUGGUCCUCAAAUCAACCUUCGAUAGCCUGGUGCAACGCUGCCAGCUAGCAGCAGGAGACCCACAAACAAAAAGGAAACUUGAUGAUGCAGCCAAACGUUUGGGGCACCUGUAUGAUAAACUGAGAGAGCAGUCGCUCUCCCCCAACAUCCUGAAUGGGCUCCACGAGAUCAGCCGCUGCGUCGCCAGCCAGAACUACCAGCGUGGCCUGGAGGUCCACACUCAGGUGGUCAGCAGCAGCAACUUCAGCGAGAUCUCCACCUUCAUGCCCAUCCUCAAAGUGGUCAUGACCAUCGCCAACAAGCUGGGUGUCUAACCACCCCCCCGAGGACACCGCCAACCAGACAUCAGUGUUAUCAUAUUGUUAUAUAUGUAUUUAUUUCUUUUUGACAUGACAACGUGCGCUGAUAAUGAUAAUAAUGGCUGAUAUUAUUAAAAGAUUGUGGUCUCCCAUCACUCCAUACUGAUUUUGGGCAGUGAGGUGGAUUUUUUUUGUAGAGAUUUGUUAAUGUUGCUGUGAUAAUUUUACAACAAAAAAAAAAGAUGAAUGUAUUCUGAAAGUUGUGAUUCUGUGUAAAUUCAACAGUUGAUGUAAUAUACGAAUCAAGCGGUGCGACGUUUUGCGUCGAGGAGGUGGUUGUGCAAAAGUAGGUGCUUUUUUUCAUACUCCGCGUUACACUCUACACAUAUUUUUUCCUCUCACUUCAGCAGCAGUUAUAAAAAAAGUUUUCAUUGAAUUCAUGCAGCAUUCCAGCUGCAGAAACAAAACAUCUGGGACUAGCAACCACUACCUCUGAGGUAGGGGUGAAAAUCAUGAGAAUAAAAUUUGGGUUGUGCUUACUA